UUUGGCUUAUAACCUGCACUGGUUAUGGUGUUAUAAUUGGUCCUAUUAUUUAAAAAUGCCUUUUCUCUCAUUAUUUUUAUUGUACCCCUUUAUCCUCUAUUUUGUUGUAAUACACUGUAAAUAUUUAUUUUUGUGUUUGUUUAUUGAAUGAUGUAAUUAAUUAAAUAAAUCGAUCCACACAGUCAUCUAUCACAUGUCCUCGGUACAGUGUUAAGAACAUGAAUAAGACGAGACCGUUUUAGCAUCACACCGCUUCUGGAAACUGUUACAUAAGAGAGAGAUUUAGAGCAGCCCAGCUUUCUCUGGAUUUCUGCCAUCCCUGUUUACAGCACACACACCAUACCACUAACUGCAUUUCCCAGACACCUCGCUCGCGCAUGCGCAGGAGCCGUUGGCUGGCAGUGGUAAACAGACGUCAGAAGGGAGUCUUCGCCUCGAGUCAAAACAAAACAAAACAAGAUCCAUACGAUGAAUGACUCUUUGAAUGUCUGAAUCGUCCGCACGACGGAAAGGAUUGAACCCUAACUACAGCGGAAAACCAGGUUCCAGAGGAAAAGCCGCUUUCUGCCACUUUUACAGGGGGAUUUUUUUUAACUAACCGGAGGAGUUAGCCAACUAGGUGGCUACCUAGUUUCUUCUCACGUUAAAACUCUGGUGUCGAGUUUUGUCCGGACCGACGAGUCGCUGAGGACGGAAGUGAAGAUGCAUGGUUGAAUUCUUGCACUUUCGAGUGACAAGAAGUACGUAAAUUUCGCUCGGAAUUAGCGAACUGUGUACGGACGCAUUCGGCGUAGUUGCCGCGCAAGCAUCGUGUGUGUGUGUGUGUGUGUGUGUGUGUGUGUGAGAGAGUGUGUGUGUGGAGGAACAUGGCAGAUGGUGACACGCGCCUACACACAGCGUGUCGGAGCGGACACACUUGAGCGAGAAUAAGACGGACUGUUUGAGUCUGAUUUCGCUAUCAGACAUAAAUAAUCGAGAUUAACUAGUUCAGUUAACUAGUAUUCUCCUGGAAAGGUCUGACUAUUCAAAACGCGUUUAAAGGGCGACGCUAGCUGUGUAUACAACUGGUGGCGAGGAAGAAUCUGGGUGGAAGAAUCAGUACAAAUAACCUCUUAGUGAUCUAUUGCUAUAAACUGAUCUAUUGCUAUAAACUGAUCUAUUGCUAUAAACUGAUCUAUUGCUAUAAACUGAUAUUUGAGUUCAAGUGGAAUUCCGGGCCGUGAAAUGACAGAUGAUUGGCUGAUUUUGACAGGCAUGAUGUUGCGCGUGCAACUAUUACCCAUUAACACACUGAUUAACACACAGCAUGCCAUUGCGGCCAUAGAGUGAUGAAAACGACCACAGUUUAUUACAAGAGAUGGUAAAAAAAAUGGUCUAUCACUAUAGUAAUGACUUGAAAGGAGCUGAUCUCAGUUGUUGAGGAUGACCUGGUGUGCGUUUGAUAGUCUAAUAUAAAUUUACUGUUUACUACAUUGUUUCCACGCAUUAUUUCCCUCUUCAUUGCACGCUUUUCCCACUUUUUUUUCUCUUGUUGUCAUUAGUUUUAGCCUUCAACCCCUAGAGAAGAUAUGUUUUAGACGUGUUUCUUCUUUAUUUAAACUUCAGUCCUGGCAGUCACCAGGUUUUAAUGUAUUCAGUGGUGUUUGUCAUGUGAAUUUCCUUUGUUCUUUAUGUAAACAAAGAGACCCUCCGUUUCAGUCGGAAGCUUUAUGAUAGUUACUAUUAAGGAGAUUAUUUGGCCCGUUUAAUCUAUAAUCUGAGGAUUAAGCAGCGCUAUAGAUAUACAUACACACAUAUACAUUGGUGCGCACAGAUUAUCACGUCUCUGCUCAAUCCGCUCAAAAACAAACAAAAAAUCAAGUCUUCAGAAAUUAAUUUUUAAUAAAUAUCCUUAAAAAAUCAGCCAAACUACAAGUAUACCAGCGGCAUAACUUUUAACGAUCAAACAGCAUUAUUAAGUGAAAUCUAAAAGUAGUUAUUUUACACUUGUAGUGUUUUAGAGGGAAAAAAGAGCAGGUACGUGGUUGCUAUUUUCAGACUGUAAACUGUCAGACUCUUUCCUGAAAUUGGAGUAAUUGCUGUGCACAAUGGAGACGGACAAGGCACCCCCGAUUGACCCAGAUUUCGAGCCGCAGAGCAGACCGAGGUCUUGCACAUGGCCGCUGCCUCGGCCCGACAUCUCAGCUGUCAAAGUGGAGGGGCCAGACGGCGCCGAGUCCGCCGCGGGAACCCCGCCUGCCGAGGAAGAUAAACAGGAGCCUCAGCCAAUCGUAUCCGAGCCCGAAAAAUCCGCCGCCUCGGAGGGAGGAGCGAUAUCGGGAGUGGGCGGAGCCGCACCUCGAAAGGGUUCAUCCCGGCGCAACGCCUGGGGUAAUCAGUCUUACGCUGAUCUGAUAAGCCAAGCGAUUGAGAACUCACCGGAGAAGCGACUCACUCUGGCACAGAUCUAUGACUGGAUGGUCAAAACAGUGCCGUAUUUUAAGGAUAAAGGUGACAGCAACAGUUCUGCUGGAUGGAAGAACUCAAUUCGUCACAAUUUGUCACUCCACAACAAAUUUUUGAGAGUACACAAUGAAUCUACUGGAAAGAGCUCCUGGUGGAUGCUUAAUCCUGAAGGGGGUAAGACAGGGAAAGCCCCUCGUCGCCGUGCUGCCUCCAUGGACAAUAGCACUAAAUUGCUAAAAAGUCGUAUGCGGGCAAAGCAGACCAAGAAGCAAGCUGUAGCAGGUGGUGUUGGUGGUCCUGGCGGUUCCAUACAGGGUGAGGGUGUGUCCGGUGCAGGGAGUGCAGACAGUCCUGGCCCUCCAGGACAGUUUGGAAAGUGGGGAGUGAACAGUAGCAGCCCAUCAUCACGUGGUAGCUUGGAUGACCAAGACAUGUGGACAAGCUUCAGACCACGCACCAGUUCAAAUGCCAGCACUUUGAGUGGCAGGCACUCUCCAAUUCCCCCAGUGAAAGAAGACGAAGAUGACUUGCCUGAAGACGGACUUUUGGGUGGGUAUCCCACUAGCAGUCUUCCACCUACACUUACUGAGACCCUAAUGGAGGAACUGGACCUAAUUGAUGGACUUACCUUAAUGACAGCACAGCAAGGUGGUGCAAGCCCGAGCACAGCACCGCAAGCUCCACCAACUCCAUUGCCUUCUGCUUCUACCCUUCUGCCCCGUGGGUCUAAUUUUGCUUCAUAUCGUCAGCUGCAGCCAGUGAAGGGAUCUCAAGGACCAUCCCAGCCAGGGUCACAGAGCUCUGUUCAGCAGGCCGGGGAGUCCAACACAAGCCUAACAAACUUUGGAAACUCCCUCUUUAAUCCUCUGCCUGGUCCAGGAUCUCGCAGUGGUUUCAGCACCCAUGUGCCCUCCAGUCUUGAGGCACUCCUGACCUCUGACUCACCCCCACCAACCGAUAUCUUGAUGACUCAAGUGGACCCUCUGAUGCCCAGCCAGGGAGGUGCAAAUCUUUUGGGCCUCGGGGACACCAUGUCUGGCAACCAAGCUAAGGCUGGUCAAAUGAUGUUGGGCAAGAGUAUGGAACCUAGCCCAGUGCCGCAAAUGACCCUUCAGCCUCAAUCCCAGCUACCGCCACAGCAGCACCAGCAGCACUCUCAAAUGAGCUUUGGCAUGAUGCUGUCUGGCAUGGGCCAGGAACUACCACAGCUGGCAGCCAUGAAGACCCAGCAUCAAAUGCCAGGUGGAGGGCUACUUCAACAUGGAGCUGUCCCUUCUGCAGCAGGGAAUGGAGGUCUUCAAGGGGUAAGCCAAUAUGGGACACCAGCUGGCUUUCUGUCCUCUCAAGAUCGUCUGCCCACAGACUUGGAUAUUGAAAUGUUUACAGAGAACCUGGACUGUGAUGUUGAUUACAUCAUAAACAGUGACCUUAUGGAUGGAGAUAUGAGUGACUUCAACUUUGACCCCAUUGUACCAGGUGGGCAAAAUUACCCUGGGCCAGCCACCACACAGAGCUCUUCUCACAACUGGGUCCCCAGCUAACUCUGCUAAGGAUAGGAGGUCAGCCCUUCAUCCCUAACCAAAUAAUGGAAUCUCACAUGGUGCAUUAAUUAAAAUGUCACCCCUUCAUUUUUUUUUUUUUUUUUUUUUUUUUUUUUUUUUUUUUGCCUCCAUGUUCGCCAUUUGUACCUCAAAUGCAUAAACUGCUUUGGCUGAAGAUACAAACUUUGGCCAAAUUUUUAAGAUAUUUUUGGCAACUUUUUUGGAUCACAAAAAUAAACCUUACUCAAGUGCCAAUAUUCAUUAGACACCAGACCCAGAAGGUGUCUUUGGGGGAAAAAAAUGACUGGAAGUUGCUGUUUUCUUUGAUGUCAGUGAUAUUGACUAGGAAAAAAGGAGAGAAGAAAUUAAUGAUGAAGCACAACUAAUAAACUACUAAUCACAUUUAUUACAGUAAUGCCUAUUACUAAUACCAAAGUAGUACAGGGCUGAGAUGGUACCCUCACUAGAUUUGAAGACAGAACUGAUUUGGCCAGGAGAAUCAAACUUUGCUGAUACUUGAGGAUCUUUCUCAACUGGUCAACAGUUAAAAAAAAAAACAAAACCGAAUGGACUAAAAGUCAUCAUGCAAUUUCAAAAUCAAGCAAUGCUUUCUUGAUCACUUGGUUGGAUCCUUUGAUCAGGUGGAGCACAAACCUGACACCAUAUGAACAUCUUCAGCAUUAAUCAUAGUUUGAAUGGGGACUGUCCCAAUGAGCCCAGAACAUAAUGAAUAUUUGGACACUUAUGCUGCGCUCAAGUAGUACACUCUCAGUGGUACGAACUGUGCUUGUAUUUUGCAUCGGAGGCAAAAUAUUUUGAGGUGGUUGAUAAUGAUUAUUGUCAUGAUGAUUAAUGCUUUUGGUUUAGCAUUUAUGACUCUACUCAGGAAGGUGUUUUUUUUUUUUUUUUUCCCUUUUGUCCUAAAGAGUGGGGACUGAUCAUUGAGUGAGAAUUUGAUAUUGAUGAUUUGUUCUUAAAUUGUUAACAGUAUGAAGAAAUGUGAUUAUACAUAGGGCAUUUUGAUUUUACCAUAGAAUUUUAAUGGUCAUGCUUCUAUGGUUUCUACCACUUUGCCAACUCUGUCAAGUUGAAUGGCAUUGUGUUAUCAGUGUGCCCAUUUGGAGGAUACAAUAUUUGAAGGGUUUGUGUGUGUGUGCGUGCGUGUGUGUGUUUGUGUGUGAGAUGUGUGUGAUGUUUUAAGUACUUACAGGUGCUUAAAUUCAGCAGAGAGAGAAACAAUCAAAAAUAAUGUUGAAUAGUUUCAUUCAAAGGAUGAAACUGAUUGGUUAUUCAACAGAUGCUAUAUAAAAUGUGCCCUUAUUAUAUAGAAUUCUGUACAGCAGUACAAAAAGGGGCAAGACAUACUUUUCUCAGUGAUUGACUUUUUCUUAUGUAGUACUAACAAUCUUUUGUAUAAAUUUGUUAAAAAGAAACAGAAAACAAUUAAGUAUACUGACUAAUUUUAAUGUUUAAUUUACAUUGGGGCUAUAUAAUGGAAAAUAUUCUAAUCAGAAUCUUAUACUAAUCAGAAAGUACCCUCUUAAUAGUGCAGAAACUAUUUUUAACGGUCAUUUUCUAUGUAAUCUUUUAUUUUUGUAAAAGAUAAGAUGCAUGUAGAUUUUAUACCUAACCAAAGGAACACUAAGAAGACUGGGAUGGCCUGAGAGGAAAGUAUUGCAGUUUUUAUACAUGUUAACUUUUUAUGGAUUUAAAUGGAUUGCAUGGGUGCAGUUAACAGUAUAACACCUUGCAGAUUAGAAAUUGCCAUGUGAUCGCUACUAUAUUUGGAGUAAUUUUUAAAAAAUGAGGGUGAACUAAUGAGCUGUAUCACUUUGCCAGGCAAUUUAUAUUUCAUCGAAAAAUGGUAAAACACAAAGUGGAUGAUGAUGCAAUGUCUAACUCUCAGGGUUUAAUAAAACAGUAGUAAUGUUAAGUAAAUAAGUAAUAUUGAUUAAAAACUUCCUGAUGGAAGCGGUAAGAUAAUCAUUGCUGAUUUUAUAAAAGCCACUCAGCCAUCAAUGGAAAUGUUUUAACAUUACAGAAGUAUAGCUUAUGCUCCACUUGAAAAUGAGAGGUUGUGUAACGUAUGCAUUCACCGAAUUUCGGUAAAAAAAAAAGUUAUAAACUGCCAACAAACACUAGCAUGUUGCUCUAGAACAAACCAUGUAUCUCCAUACUCUUUCUUUUUUUUUUCUUUUAGCUGUUGAUGUAGAAAUGUAGUUUUUCCUUUGAUUUUUUUUCCUGUUUAUGUAGUUUGAACUUUGGUUUUAGAGCUGGAUAUUAUUCAUCAUUUAACGGUAAUAAUAUGAGCAUAUUAAAACAUGAACUAACUGUUCAAGCGCUCUGUUCUUGCAGAGGAUGGUUGUUUCCUCCUGUCAGUUGGUGCUAGACAUGACAAAGUCGGCCAUAUUUAGAUUUAAGGGCCUUUAUGCAGCACAUCUUCAGCACAUUUUAUAAAUAUAGAACUUAGAAAGAUAAAUUCACCUUUAUUAAUCCACAAACAUUUGUUACUUUUGUAGAUCCUAAGUAACUUCAUAGAAGCAGAAAUGAGAGAUUAGACACUGAAUGAGUCUUUCGACACACAUCAUGUGCAUUUCUUGAAAUCAGUCCUUUUUUUAAAAAAAUGGAAAAAAAAAGGAAACAGUGUUACUUUGUUAAUCUUUAUCUGUAUUUCAAUGAACCGUUUACAUCGUUGCUCUCGUCGUUUUGGGCUGUCCUUUGUUCCUCUGAAGUUCCACACGUUCGAUGGUGUUUGGAUUAUAUGGCGAAAUCUUGUAACGGAUUUGAGAAUGAACAUCUGCACAGCUUGAGUGACGAACCAGCAGGCAAGGUUUAGAGCAGUAGGCUGGAGUGCUGAAAUGAAAUUUGGACAUUCUCUUUUCUACUCUGAUAAGAUCCCGUUGUGAUUAUUUGCUUAAAUUCUCAUAAAUGUGGUCCAAGUUAAAUAAAAAAUGUGCCAGAAAAAUUGCACGAAAAAAUGAAAUUGAGCCUCUUGUCAAAACUAAGUCUGAAGGUUCGAUUACUAUUGAAAAUAGAGAGGACUAACAGCAUUCAGUUGAGUGGUAGAAUGUGAACAAGAUUGAAUUCCCAAUAGACAGAGCUUGAAACUUUAUAAAAUAAGAGUUUAAAUACAUUGACCUCAGAUCACACCUCUGUCUCGUGGCUUUCUCGUGUUUAAUAUUAAUUUCUUAUCAUUUUUUUUCCUGUUCUCCUGAAAAGGGUCUGCUAAAUAUCCCAGUUGAUAAAACACUAUGUUUUAGUUUGUGGAUAGAUUUUGUUGUUGUUUUGGGGAAGGGGGUAUAAAAGAUUGGUGAGUGCUUAGCCAGGUCACUAUAUGUGUAUUUCAUUCAUUGCUUUAUAUUGAUUAAUGUAUUUUUUCUUUCCCCUGCUCUUCUUACUUUAUCGUUAAGUUAGCCAGAGGUGACUGUGAAACCAGUCAAGAAUAUCUGAAAUAAACUUAAUCAGUUUAA